UGUGCUAGUACGUUCAGGUACAUCCGUCCGUACACUAGCUGUCAAUGGCUCUCUCAUGUCAAAGACUCAUAUUGAAGUGCAUAACAUAAUGCAGAGAAAGUAAAGCAGGAUGCAGAUAAUGUAUGCCCAUUAUUCAAGAGUCUGCCGUCGUCUCAGACAUUGUCUUAAGAGUGGAAUCUCUUCUCUUGAACAUCUUCUUGACUGUUAGUGUUAGAUUUACAAUUAUGAUAACAACAGUCUAAAAAUCUCAAUUUUAAACAUCCGGCCCAGUCGGUGCAGCAAUGUUUUCUAAUUCGGGAUAUUUUCGUGGACUAAAUUGCCCAUUUUACUCGAAUGGGACUUGUCGACGUCCCUACUGUCAUUUUCGACAUGUCCGCAAUCAAGCAGAGACAGAGAAGCUACAGUCAACCAAGCCUAAAGGAAAUAUUGAUGGUGUAUAUCCUCAAACAGCUGAUGUCAGCAAGUAUAUGCUUAAUGCAAGUCCUCCAUCAUCCUCUCCUGUCCCACAAGAACUCGCAGCUAAGAAACAACCUGUGCAGUAUGUACCCACUCCAAUUGCAGAGAUCGCUUUGGCUCGAAGAAGACACAAGAUGGCUGCCAAAGCAUCCAAGAGAGGCCAUGCCAAAAAUGCAGCUCCCAUGUAUGUUCCUACACCACUCUCUCAGAUCAGUUCUUCAGCAGGAACAGAUUCAAACUCUCAGAAAACACAAGUUAGAAGAAACAAAGGUGCUACCUAUUAUUCAACAAAAACAUCAGAAACUAAUGCAAUAACGGAGAAGUACACCCUUAACCAGGACCAUCCUGUCAAUAACGAUGAAUACGAUCCCUUUGGAAACAACUUGUAUACAAACAGCAAUCCUGAAAAGUCUGUACGGAGUGACUUGUCUUCUCCAUCGAGUAAAUACUCUCUUGAUGAAGCUUGUUCAAAGAGUAACACUGAUCUUGUGUACGAUCCUCUUGAUAACAGUGCAUGUAAUCCCAAUGGAGUUAAAGAUGAACAUGGAGACAGUUGUGCUUCUGGGGAGGAAACUGAAGAAUCUAACAGCACCACUUCUGCAAAUGACACAGCAGCAAUGCCUAGUGACGAGGAGGAUGGUUUAUACAGUUUCGACAAUCCUGAGAAUGUUGAUUCUGCCGAUGGUGCCGAUGAAUAUGAGCCAAUGCUUGGUGGUGAAGACAUUGGAUCUCUUCACGCAAACUACACUCCGACUACAAAGUAUUCUGUUGAUUCCGUCCCGCCAAACCCCACCAAUGAUUUGGAGUAUGAUCCCUUUUCAAAUUUCACAGCAAAGGAACAUUUGAAGAAAAGCAACCUUCCAAAGAAAAGGAAAAAGUUCCCAGAAACAAAUGAUUGUGACCAAUCAUCGGACAGUGAUGCUUUGAUGAUAAUUGAAGAGCAAGAAAUCCACUCAUCAUCAACAGAUGAGGAAUCAAAACGCAAGAAGUUAAAACAUGGAGAUGUUGAGCAAGAAGACGAGGAAUGCACUGAGGAGGAAACUGACAAACUGUGGCUGAGUAAUGUACAGCCAAAGCAUUUCCUUCAAGAUGUGAAUUUUCACCCACCGUCUGACAAUGAUGUACCCUUCACUCCAAGUUACAGUUACAGCCCUUCAGAUUACCGUCCAGAUGAUCACCUCAAUACCUCAUUGGAAGAUGAAUGGAAUCCCACCAAGUACUUAACGGAACUGUCUGCAAAUCCUUCCAUCACUAAAGGGAGCAGUCAAUUGAAAAACAAAUUAAAAAAACACAAUGAUGCCAAACAACAACCCGAAGUGAGAAAAAAGACCCCUGAAAAAAGAAAACUCAAAGAUGGGACAGGAAAGAAUGAAUCCAGCUCAAAACCCAAGUCAAAGAUUAAAAAUAAGAAUACAACCAAACCAAAUUUGAAUUCAUCCAAAUCCAAGGACUUGACCUCCAAAUCCAAGGACUUGACCUCCAAAUCCAAGGAAACGCAAAAUGCUACUCCAGCAAACACAAAGCACUCUGACACAAAUGAAAGUAAAAUCAACGACGAUAAAUGUAACGAAAAGGACUCACCAGAAGAAAAACCAAGAAUGAAAGUGUCCUCAGAACUGCUGUCAAGUUUUUUCAAUAAAAUAUGCGAAAAGAAACAACAAAAAGCAAAGCCAUUAAGUGGCAAUAACCAGCAAGGCAAAUGUAAAACUACACAAUCUUUGAAUGAAUGCGGUGAUAACGGUUUAAUUACUGCAAGAAAUCCAAGCUGUCAAGAUGAUGAUGUCAUUCUCAUAAGCUCUAGCCCUUCUGAUAAUGAUCAACCUAAUAAAGGAAAUGUAACUAAGAAAGCUCGUUCAACACAUGACGAUAAAGGAAAGUUACUCCAAACAAAGAAGCCUGCCAAGAUAUGUAACCGAAAGUCCUCCAAUAUAAUUCUGUUUGGAGAAGACAGUGAUAGUGAUAACACUGAUGAACAACUGGCAAGACAUGGAGAGGAAAAGAAGAUGGUUUUAUUCAGUGACUGCUACUCAAGUUCAGAUACAAACAGCAGCACUCGGUUCACUAGUUAUAGGCCUACUGACGAUCCAAAACGCUCUACAACUUUGUCCAAAAGAGACACUAAUGGCUUCACAGCUGACAAAUCAUCACACACAUCACUGCCAAAGAGUGUUAAAAGAAAAACCGGUCCCAAAAGCAGGACUGUUCCUCAACAUGGGGUUGAAAAACCCAAGGAAAGUAAGCAUUUGCCACAUAAUCACAAAACAAACAAACAAACAGACAAGAAAUCCGGUAAAGUUCCAGAGAUCCAUCAAAUCAAGAGUGAUGAAAAAACAAGAUUGAAGAAGAAAAUAUCCCACAGUCCUGGGAAGGUGUUGAGGGCUGUCAUGAUGAGUGAUAGUAGUGAUAAUAGUGAUAAUGAUAAUGCCAUGAAUAACCCCGAUGAUGACUUCACACUAAUCAGUGACAGCGACAAUAACGACCUUGAUGCAACCUUCUCAGAGUCCGAUACUUUUGAAGAGUGUCUGAAAAUUUUCAAGGAGGAACCUUUAAAACAACCCAACAAAGUGCAAGAGAAAGUGAAAGAGCCACAAGAGUGUAAGAAAGAGGACUUGGUUAUGUCUACUUCAAAGCAAAGAGUCGCUCAUGUAUCCAUAUUUGAUGUGUCCAAACACAAGAGGUUCACUCCAAGGCCCAAGGUACGACCCAGUCCAUUACAAGUAUGUCACAACCGCUACAUGCAGGCCCAGCAACACCUUGAAGAAAAGCAAAACACCCUGAAAGCCACAUCUCCCGAAGUAAAAGUUGCAACAAAUCAAACUAGUUCCUCUAGCUCUAAAAAGCGUGUAGCCCACGUUCCACCGUUACAGAUACGGCAGACUCCUCCUAAUAAAUCAGCUACGGUUAGACCCUUCAACACACCAGUCAUGGGAAUCAAUGCUAAGAUUCAACAGAAGUAUUCCAUUGGACAUAGUGCAUCUUAUCCUACUGGACAUCCAAGCAAGACAGUGGCAAUAUCAGCACCAAAAGGAGAGAGACGACUUGCCCAUUUACCACAGAAGGUGAACCCCCGGCCCAUCAUACCACCAGACAAAGCAGGCAAGGUUCCAUGUAACAUCAGACAACGCUAUCUGAAUCUGUUCAUUGAUGAGUAUCUUAAGACUACACAGACAGAGCAGGAGGCCUUCCAGCAGGGUUUGAAGGAAGAGAAGUCUGUAUACGAGAGAGCAUCCUCAAGAAACAUUUAUCUGAAUCUAUCAGUCAACACAUUGAAGAGAUUACGUAGUGCACAGACGACGGAUACACCAGAUAAAGUCACAUCACCAACUAGCAAAGGAAGUAUUUCACAUGAAGCUGUUAUUGGUGGUAAGGCAGCCACUCAACACACAUUCACUCUAAAUCGCUCUCAUCAAUCCACUGCUCAACUGCCAAAAUAUGAAGGCACAUAUUUAUAUGAGAUUCUCAAGACGUAUUUAAUGACUGAAGAUCAACUAGUUGACAAUGGCUAUCCCCGACCUUCUGAGACACCAGGUCUUGCUGUCAUCAAAGUCGACGACUCAAAGAAAUCCACUGGAAAUCAACCAAACCAAUAUGUAUGCUGUCGAUGUGGUAAGACAUUUCUGCGUCGCUCCGAUGGCCACUACAUCACCAGAGAAAACUGCAUCUUCCACUGGGGCAAAUUUUGGCAUAAUAAGGUUGGAGGGACUUUAGAAGGACGGUUUACAUGCUGUUCUGGUGACUCUAGUGCCAAAGGAUGCAGUGUUUCUAAGUAUCAUGUAACUGAUGAUAAGACAAAUAAUUUAACUGGUUUCAUGAGAACUGUAGCUAAGUCCCCACCAGCCAAUGGCAAUCCAGGGCUAUAUGCUAUGGACUGUGAAAUGUGUUACACAGUGAAAGGUCUGGAGUUAACAAGAGUAACUGUGGUUGAUGAUAAACUUAAUUGUGUAUAUGACACAUUGGUCAAACCAAAUGCUGAAAUAGUAGACUACAACACAAGAUUUAGUGGAAUAACAGAAGAUGAUUUGAAAGAUGUGACUACAACUCUGCAAGACGUACAAGCAGUUUUGCUUAGUAUGUGUAGCAGUCAGAGUAUUAUAAUUGGGCAUAGCUUGGAGAGUGAUUUACUUUCCCUCAAGAUGAUUCAUAGUCAAGUCAUAGACACAGCUGUGCUGUUCCCACAUAGACGAGGUUUACCUUUCAAGAGAGCAUUACGCACUCUAAUGGCUGAAUGUCUCAACAGAAUCAUCCAGAAUGAUGUUGGUGGACAUGACAGUAAAGAAGAUGCUGCAAGCUGCAUGGAACUCAUGAUCUGGAAAGCCAAGCAAGAUGCAAAGAAAAGGAGUAAAUAGAUCCAUUACUAA